AGGACGCGAAGGAGGACUUGGAUUUCCGUUCUUUUGAAAUCUCGGCUAUAACCUGGUCUGUUGCGGCGUUUUGUUGAUUUUCCAUACUCCUUGAACUGGCGGAGUUUCGGUCCCUUUCAACACUGAGCUCGCUUUUAUCUGACAUAACCAAUCAUCCGGCUUUUCCUCUGCUCAUCAUUUUUCGUCGGGAAAAAGAAGAAGGAAAUUCUCGUAAGAACAACAACGUUCAUACUCAUACGCUCUCUAUGGAUACCUUACCAGUCGAGCUUCUGAGACUCAUAUUCUCUCACUGCGACCCCGAGUCAGUCAGAAAUCUUCGAGAGGUCACUCGUACGUUGGCGGACGUAGGCUACGAGUACCUGCUGUCUCCCAGGUUCACCGCUGUUAGUUGGAGGAACGAUAUCGAACGAUUACACUCCAUCGCCCUGCACGAACGAUUGAGAGGGAGUAUCACGUCGAUCUGCAUUUUUCUAGGGGAGCUUUCUUAUUACGACGCAUGGAGUACAUCAUGGUUUCAACACUUUGUGACACCUCCGGAUCAACGCAAUGAGGUUAUGGGAACAGCUAGGCAGGAAUUUGAGAGGAUCGAAAGGGGACGCAAGUCCGUCGGUCCAUUGCAUCUAAGGCAGGAUGAUCUGCGAGAGGCGUGUUCCGCAUUACCAAACCUCAAGCAUCUGGAGGUCACGUACACGCAAUGCCCGCUCAACAACGGCCUGCUAAGGGAGGUUUUCGACUACCCUAGUUGCAGGAAAUUGGAUCGUCCUCAGACUUAUAGCAAUCUGGACGCCAUCAUAUUCGCACUUCACGGCAUCCCCUUAUCCACUUUUAAGAUCGAUAGACUUCCUCUCGAGAUUUUCCGCUUGGCGGGCCAUCGCACGCAUUGGUACACGCACGCCCAAGCUUUCGAUAGCCUAGACACCCUUGACCUCACCCUCGACCCCUCCGGGCUGCAGGGCCCGGGAGCCGCUUUCAGGGCCGUGAACGGGCUCGGUCGCAUACUGCAGCUGGCCAAGGGGUUGCGGAAGCUAAAGCUCGCAUUCCACCCCUACACUAGCGAAAACUCGAAGUUCGUGCUAUCCUUCCGAGAACUGUUCUACGACUUCACGUACAGGAAUCUCACCGACUUAACGCUGGAAGGCGUUUCCUGCGAGGAGGACGACCUCAAGGACUUCCUCUUACGGCACAGCUCCACCCUCGUCCGUCUACGUCUCGGCGGUCGGGGGCUCGCCAAGCCGUUCGAGGUAUCGCUGGGAGGAGUCCACCUGUACGAGGGAACGUUCAAGUCGCUGUUCGCGGGGCUCCGGAACAAGCUGCCCGAGCUGAAGCGCCUGCAUCUGGAAGGCAUCUUCGAGUGCGAGCACCGCGACCUGCCGUCGCACGAGUCCUACAACUUCUACCCCAUGUUCAACGAGGAGUGGGAGGAGGUCCCUCGCCCCAAAUGGGUGCGCAGUUCGCGAAAGACGAUCAACUGCGCCCCUUUCGAGUACUACGUCCUCAGAGGGGGUCCCUAUCCCGGAAACGAACUGGCCCAGCAUAGUUACUGAGGAGGCACACGACACGGGGUGAAACUACCAUCACCGUCUUCAUGAUUAUUAAUCGUUAUGAGAAAUGUUUCUUGAUUCUAUUGUAUCACCACGAAAGCUCUUGCAUUGCCAGGCGAGCGGUCG